CACACACACACACAGGCAGUCAGAUCAGGGCUUGUUUUAACGCACACACAAGCAGGGGCACUCAGCAAGCGGGGCAAACAAUCAUGUAUUUCAUUAGAAAUCGUGGCCGCUGAGAAAUGUGCUUUCGAUGCAAUGACGUUAGCACGAGGUAGAUGCUUCGGUGGAGAGUGACAGCCAUCCGGUUUCAGUCUCGUUCAUUUAGUAGUCUCUAUUUUCUUAUGUUGGCGAGUGGAGAGGGAGAGAGAAAUGUGUGCCGAGGCCGGGCCUACUGGUGCAAAUGCUGCUGGGAUUUUGCAGAUCCGCUUUCACAAAUUGACCAAAAGUAACGCGGCAUGCUCGAAUUUCAAGGGCUUUCCGGUGGUUUUGUCGUGACCGAGACGUAAAUGGAUGGAGCCAUGACAGCAUGAAUCAGUCAUACAAAGUGGCUGCUGGCAGGGAUGGCUCGGAGUGUCAUGGCAAUCCACAGGAGACCAAGGCACUUGAUAGCCGCAUCAGCUCCUGUGGACACCAGAGCACGAAGCGACAGGAGGACCACGGGUCUGCCAUGCAUUUCAAGCUCUCUGCAUCUUCGUUUUCGUACGAUCAGAGAGAAUCCACCUCCACCUACAGCCCGCUGAGAAGACUUCAGGAUCUGACCAGCAUGGUGAAUCAUGCAGAUGUGAGUUUGCAGGAUAAGAACUUUCGUGGGCGGAAUAAAUUGCUAAUGCACAAUCCAAUUGGCGGCAGUGAGUUUGGGAUAGGCCUCUACCACACGCCCAAUUCCCAAGGAAACACUGUCACGACUACUAUUCAGGAUCUGGACAAAAAUGGUUUCUCACCUGUAAGCUCGGACAGCUUGGAACACUUUCCAUCCAUCCCAAAUGGGUUUUUGCAUUUCGAGUCAACGCUGUUUGACAGCGGGGACAGUAAGGAUGAUGAUGAUGAUGAUGAUGAUGAUUAUAAUGAUGAUGAUUAUGAAAGGGGAGAUGCAGUGGCACCUUUUAAAGAUUCGUCAAAGAAAUCCCAGAAACGAGAUCUGGCAACUACAAAGGCCCUGCGUGGCCACAGGCUGGACCUAAGUAAAAACAAACAUGGAAGUUGUAACCCUGUUGCUAAAAAUAUGUUGAAGUCCAACCCUCCUGCUAGUCCCUCACAUUUGCCUGUUGAAGUCAUGAUGGAGGAUUUUGACAGUAUGGAUGAUUAUUCAGACAGUGACUGCGAUCUGCCCAGCACUGGGAAUUAUGCUUCAAUAUUCAACUCUGGUCUCACUAAAAGAACAAGUUCACCCAGUGACUCCCACUCAAAUCCUUCCAACAGCCCGAAGAAGAAGCAGCUCCCUGGGAUAAAAUACACUAUUGGAGAUGUUGUGUGGGCCAAAUUCAACCGUAGACCCUGGUGGCCUUGUCACGUAACCACUGAUCCACUGACUGAAGUCCACACCAAAAUGAAAGAUCCCAGUCGUCGGCCAUGCCGUCUUUAUUAUGUCAGGAUGUUUGGGGAAAUCAUAGACCAAGCGUGGGUCCCAGCAAAAGCCACUGUUCCUUUUGAAGGAGGUCAUGAAUUUGACAAACUCCCUGUACUGAGACGGAGAGGAAGACAGAAGGAUAAAGAUUACAAAUACACGGUUCCUAAGCGUCUAAUGCCAUCAUGGAAAGCUAGUGUCUCGGAGGCAGAAGCAGCUUUGUCCAAACGAUUAAAUAGUGAGCCUCCAUUAACUUUCAUUCGGGAUGUACACACACCUAUUUCAGAAGACAAGGCACCUAAAAGUCCCUCUUGCCCGACGUCUAUUAAACUAUCCACAUCAAGCUCACUUUUGUCCAAUGGACUGGAUCCAUCCAUCAAGAGCAUAACAAAACCCAGCACUGGAAGCAAAAAGAAGCCUACUGCUAAGAAGUAUAGCUUAACAGUAAAAACUCCUGUGAAAACAAGCAACAGCCUUUUCUCAAAAUUAUUGUCAAACCCUUCAUCAGACAGCAACAAACCCUCUAAAGCGGCUGUAAAGCACAAACCCGACCCUGUAGAUAGUCCGUAUUCAGAUAUUGACUCUGUACCAAGGAUUCUGUGCCCCAAACGUUCAGAGGAAUCACCACAAAAAGAGGUGGUAAAAGAAUUGAGCACUAAACCCAAGAAAGAACAGCCAAGUAAAAAGACAAAAAAAGCUAGCUUGGACAAGCCAGUGAAAAAGGCAGAGUCUGGUUCAAAAUGCAUAACAAACAGCAAGCUAAAGAAGUCAACGCCCAAAGACAAAACACUGAGGGCUACAAAAUCUAGACAGAAGGAAAGCAGUUCCCCAGAGUUGUCUGAUGGGUCUUUUGCCAUGCACUCAUUCUAUCUACCUGCCAGCAGUGGAUUAAUGUCAAGAGCACUUGCCACCAGCGAAGAAACUGAAGAGAAAGACGUUGAACACUCAAGUCAGGAGCCAAAAUCUCCCUCACCGUGUACUGAGGAACACCACAUAGAUUUUCACAACAACUGUACAUCACCAAAUGACCAUCCUGAGAUCUCAAAGCAGCAUUGGCAGGUCAAAACAAACACCACAGAAGAUUCCACAGAUACAUCAUCCCCAAACACACCACAAAACCCAACACUUCUUAAAUUUAAGAGAAUCCAAAAAGAGAGAAAUGGCAUUCAGAAUGGACCUCAACUUAAAGGCAAAUAUAAAGGUCCCAAGUCAGAAGUCACUGAAUCCCAAAUCAAUUCUGAUAAAUUCAAAAAUGAGAAUGUAUUCUCUGACAUAUCAUCUUCAUCCACCCCAUCUCCCUCAACCUCUCCCAUGGACACUUUCCAAGAUAUGAAGGAGCUUUCUUUCAGGUCUCUUGUCAAAGAGGAAUGCAGUUCAGGAGAGCCUUUGCUCCGUGCAGAUGCAAAUUACAAAUUCAGCACUUUCCUAAUGCUCCUCAAGGACCUUCACGACAGCCGAGAGAAGGAUGGGAAACCUUUAACACUCCCUCCCACCUCUCCAUCAUCUCUCAUCAGGGAAGAACCUUCUCUCAUCCCCUCUGGAGAGGACACAUCUACUGAGGUGCUUUGUGAAAAGGAAUGGAACAAUGUUGUGGAUCAGAAUAGUCAGCAGGGAAAGACAUCAACACCAAACAGCUCUAAACAGAGCAAGGCCAAGCCGAAAUCAGCAGCAAAAAAGGAGACACAGAAACAUGAGGGAGGGAACAAUUUACACUCUCCAGUGAAGAAGCAGAACUCAUCAGGAGGUUUUGAUGCACUUGAAAAUGGUUUGCCUCUGUUAGGGGAUCUUUCUACCUCUUGCACUGAUGCUGUUCCUGAUGUCUGUGGCAAGGGCACCAUCUCCAAGGUUGCUCCUAAAAAGCGAUGGCAAACAUUUGAGUCUGCCAUUGAGAAAAGCACCAAGCCGAAGAGCGAUCCGGUUGUUCUGAAUCAGGAUGUAGUGAAGGUUUCCACAGAGCUAAAUGGAGGCUUCAAAGAUAGUGUUCAAGAAACUCAUUCUGAUACCCCAGAUCAAAAAGAUGGUUCAGUCUCAGAAAACAAAAGACUUCGAAAACCAAGUAAGAGACUGAUUGAAUGCAGUGAAGAAUACGAACAGAUAUUUUCUUCACAGAAGAAAACGAGGAAAAACUCAGAGGCCUCUAAAACGGAAUCUUGGACCGCUAACACUAACUCUGCACAGACACCAUUAGAACAGAUUGCACCUGAUGCUUUAAGUUUACCACCUGAAAAACCCUCAGAGCAGUGCACACCAGAAGAGCAGAAACAACCACCAGAUGGUCUCGUCCUACCUUUAACACCAUUAUCAGCAUCCUGCAAGGGAUCCUCGCUAAACAAACAGUCGUGUGAAAAGAAACCUGCAUUGUCAGAGAGAAGGCGGCCACGCAAGACUGCACAUAAAGUUCUAGACUGCUCUUUUGAAGAGGACUCUGCAAAGAUCCUAAAGAAAGGGGAGAGUAACCCACAAGAUAACAGCCCAGAGGAGUCAUGUUUCAAAGAUUUGAAGAAUCAGGAAGUGCCUGGACCUACACCAUCAACCCCAUCUGCUGUAUCAGUGGAAGCGCAAAGUGAAGGUGAAACAAGAACAUCGUGCCCAGUCCAACACGAUACACCCAGUGUGUGCCAGGCGCAACUGGAAGAAGAAGAGCAUAGCAGUCCGUCAAAACCCCUUGCAAAGGAGCCUUACACCAACGGCGAGGAGUCCCUGAACUCUGAGGUUUUUGGUGCAGGAUUCAAUGAUUCCAUAUCAGGUGACUCGGGAGUCUCGACCAAUAGAAAAUCAGGGGAGAGAGGCGGAGGUGCAUCUUUGAAGGAGAACGUCUGCCAGGUAUGUGAGAAGACAGGUGAACUGCUCCUCUGUGAGGGCCAGUGCUGUGGUGCCUUCCAUCUGCAGUGUAUCGGCCUCACUGAGACACCAAAAGGCCGAUAUAUCUGCCAAGAGUGUAAGACAGGUGUGCACACAUGUUUUGUGUGUAAAAAGCCUGAUAAGGAGGUCAGGAGGUGUAUGAUCCCUGUGUGUGGGAAGUUUUAUCACAUGGAAUGCAUCAUGAAACAUUCCCCCACUGUUGCUCAGAACCGCGGCUUCCGCUGCUCCCUGCAUGUUUGUCUGGCCUGCUUCAUCUCCAACCCCGCCAACCCGAGCAUCUCUAAAGGCCGUCUGACCCGCUGUGUGCGUUGUCCUGUGGCCUACCAUGCCAGUGACUACUGUAUGGCUGCUGGCAGCAUCCCAUUGGCCAAUAACAGCUUCCUGUGCCCUAACCACUUCAGCCCACGCAAAGGAUGCAAAAACCAUGAGCACAUUAAUGUCAGCUGGUGUUUUGUGUGUUCUGAAGGAGGAAGUCUUCUCUGCUGUGAAUCUUGUCCUGCUGCCUUUCAUCGCGAGUGUCUGAACAUUGACAUGCCCCAGGGCAGCUGGUUCUGUAAUGACUGUCUAGCUGGAAAGAAACCACACUACAAGGAUAUCCUGUGGGUGAAAGUGGGCCGCUACAGGUGGUGGCCAGCUGAAGUGACUCAACCAAAGAACGUUCCUGAGAAAAUCAACCGCAUGAGGCAUGAGGUGGGGGAGUUCCCUGUGCACUUCUUUGGCUCCAAAGACUACGUGUGGACGUACCAGGCCCGCUGUUUCCCAUAUAUGGAGGGGGAUGCCAACAAUAAGGAAAAAAUGGGAAAGGGUGCAGAUGCCAUCUAUAAGAAAGCUUUAAAUGAAGCAGCCGACAGGUUCCGGGAACUGCAGGCCGAAAAGGAGAUGAGACAACUACAAGAGGACAGAAAGAAUGACAAGAAACCUCCUCCAUACAAACACAUCAAGGUGAACCGUCCUAUAGGGAAAGUGCAAAUCAUCACAGCAGAUCUAUCUGAAAUACCACGCUGUAACUGUAAGGCAACAGAUGAGAACCCGUGCGGCAUAGACUCGGAGUGCAUCAAUCGCAUGCUGUUGUACGAGUGUCACCCUCAAGUGUGUCCAGCGGGGGAGCGCUGUCAGAACCAGUGCUUCACCAAACGCGAGUACACAGAGGUGGAGAUCUUCAGGACACUGUCACGAGGGUGGGGCUUACGCGGUGUGUCGGAUAUCAAGAAGGGAGCGUUUGUGAAUGAAUACGUGGGGGAGGUCAUUGAUGAAGAAGAGUGUCGCGCCAGAAUCAAACACGCACAGGAAAAUGACAUUUGUAACUUCUACAUGCUCACACUGGAUAAGGAUCGCAUCAUUGAUGCCGGGCCCAAGGGAAACCAAGCACGUUUUAUGAACCACAGCUGCCAGCCCAACUGUGAGACACAGAAGUGGACGGUGAAUGGAGACACUAGAGUCGGGCUGUUUGCAUUAGAGGACAUCCCGACAGGUGUUGAACUGACUUUUAAUUAUAACUUGGAGUGUCUGGGUAAUGGAAAGACGGUGUGUAAAUGUGGAGCGUCUAACUGCAGUGGAUUUCUUGGUGUCAGACCAAAGAAUCAGCCCUCAUCUGACGAUAAGGCACGAAAGCUGAAGAAGAAGGUUGGAGUGAAGCGCAAGAGUCAGUUGGAGGUCACCAAGGAGAGAGAGGAUGAAUGUUUCUACUGUGGAGAUGGAGGGCAGAUUGUGUCUUGUAAGAAGCUUGGCUGCCCCAAAGUCUACCAUGCCGACUGUCUGAAUCUGUCCAAGAGACCUGCAGGCCGUUGGGAGUGUCCUUGGCAUCAGUGUAACGAAUGCGGAAGGGAGGCUGCGUCCUACUGCGAAAUGUGUCCAAACUCCUACUGUAAACAGCACCGUGAGGGCAUGCUCUUCAUCUCCAAACUGGACGGCAAGCUCUCCUGCAGCGAGCACGACCCCUGCGGCCCCGAUCCUCUGGAACCGGGUGAGAUUCGAGAGUACGUGCAUGGUACACCUGUCUUACACCAACCGCCCAAUAUAGCAGGCCUGUCUGCAGUCAGGAUGCCACAACCAGCCCUGCCCCCUGGUGCUCCGCUCUUCAUCCCGGCCCCUAACAGACCCACCUUCACAGUCCAAAGAAAAUCGUACACAGACGAGGUGCUGGACAACCUGCUUUUGCCAUCCUCCUCCCCUUGUAAAGACAUUAAAGUGGAGGAUAUGAGCGAUGAAGGGGAGGUGGUGGAAGGGGUGAUAGGAGAUGACGGAGAAGAUGAAGGGCUGGAGGUGGUGGAUGAUGAUGAUGAUGAUGAUGACGACGAAGAUAUGGACAUUGGAGGACUUGGCUUUGAGGACGAUGGGGAACAGGAGGUGGACCGAGGGGGCUUUGAGGAAGACUUGGGAGAUGAAUGUGUGGAUGAGGACUUUGAAGACACUGAAAACUUGGGUGAAGUGGAGGAGGAAGACCAGGAAUCGUGGGACGAGGUUAUUGAAGGAGAAAAGUGACAUUUUCCAUCUCUAUCUUGCACACAAACAUUCUCUUCUCAGUUCUCUAGGCACAGUGGAUGACAGCAAGAAGAAACUAGUGUUCAUCCAGCUGAAUGCAAAGCAACUUUUGAAAACGAUGGACAUGUGCGACAUUCUUAAGUUGAUGUUGGUAUCAGCUUGCCUUCUCAACCCAAGUCCUCUUUGAAAAGAGCAUAAAGAGGGUUGGACCUGGUGCUGUGGGACUGUGACUACUCACAGUCCUUUUGUUGGUAUAGAAUUAGUGUCUGGUGCUCUUUUGUGCUUUUUUAUUUUUCCUCCAACUGUUUACAUUCUCUUAAACUCUGAUCCAAACAGAAUGGACGACCUCAAGUAAGGCAGGAAUGGGGCAGCAUCAUACCACCAACCACACUGCGGUGUCUUGAAAAGCAACAGGGAGAACAUAUAUUGAACAUGCUUUUUGUUUACCUAGAAAUGUAUUUAGAAAUAUGUCCAAUAAUAUCUAGUCAAAAUUACCCAUGAUUAAAGGAAUAGUUGAAACCAAAAAUUUUAAUUUUGUCCAUUGGUCAUACAUCUUCAUGUCGUUCGGAACAUGUUAGCUGUUAAUUUUUCCGUGGAACACAAAAGGAGAAAUUUUGGAGAUUGUACACUUUCCUUUUUUCCAUACAGAAACUUUUGUGUUAUAUUUCAAGUCUUCUGAAGUCAUACAAUAGCUUUGUUUGAUAAAUAUGACUUAGAAUAUAGCACAUGAGUUUUGUAGAUGGCUUUUAUGGUGCUUUUUGCAAGAUGACAAAAUGAGCUUGUACAUUCUUCAAAAUUUCUUUUGUGCGCCACAGAGAAAAAUAACUGCAUACUGGUUUAGAACAGCAUGAGGGUGAGUAAAUAAUGGCAGAAUUAAAAUUUUGGGUGAAAUAUUUCUUUCAAGUGGCGUAGCAACAAAAUAUGUCUCUGAAGUCUUCUAGGGACCUUGUCCCGUUACUUGAAAUGAUUCUCUGUACUCUUCAGAUCUGUUAUACUCCUUAGUCGUGAGAGAUGGCUGAUGGAGAUCAUAUAGAAUAUUCAGACGGGUUCUGGUGUACAUCUUCAGAGUGUACUUUUGUGAAGAAAAAAAAGAAAAGAAAAUAUGUCAUUCCAAGCAUCAUAAUGCACUUUGUUGCGUUUGUUUUUGUGAAACCUGUCAUUUUACUUCACUUCUCAGCAACUUCUGUUAUCGUAAGUGGAGGAACAGUCAAGUCAAAAGAAACCUAGUGGUUUUUGUCAAUUCUAGAGGAGUAAUUUUAACACCUGGGCAUCCUUUCAUUCUCAGUGUGGCCUUUUACUCUGAAGGCUUUUAGGAAAGAUGAGAUUAUCCUUUUUAGAUAGGCGUGAUGUUACAUAAGGUUGUACUUUCCCUUGUUACUGAAUUUUACCAACCGUCUCGAAAUAUCGAUCAAUAAUCUCCAUAUAUUGAUCAAAUUGUGGUAACCAGUCCGAAUGUUGAAGAAAUUCUACUCCCACUUGAUGGUUUACAGAUCUGGUGGUUCUGCUCUCCAGCUCCAGCAGUUUGUCUGUAAGCUGGUGAACUUUAUAAGGUGCCUCUGAAUGUUUUGCACUCUUAAAGAGUAGUUUUAAUGCAUAAUACUCGUACCUUUCAAAUUGUUGUACAGUCCCCAUUUGAAUUGCAUCAUGGGUAUUGUAGUCUGACAUCCAUACAUUAAUGUAACACACUUUUUAGAUCCCCAAAUUAUGGCAGUUGCUUGGCCAAGUAAUCCUCAAUUUAGACUCAAGUAAAUAGUCAUAUCAGACAUGCACAAAUAUUUAAGGUGUGCAGAUAACCUUUAUUGUACUGCUUAUUUUAAACCUUUGCAGUCCAAAGGAUUUUGAAGUACCUUUUUUAAUGCCUGAUUUAAAGUUGCCUCAUAUAAUGAAGUAUUGUACUUGUUCACAGUGGAGAGGAAAUGAAACUUUUUGGAAAUGGAUAUGAUGUUGUUCAUCACUGUUAUUGAACAAUAUGUUUGUGUCUUUUGCCCUUACGCUCAAAAUAUAUGUUUCGGUAGCAAUAUUUUUUGGCGGCCUAAAUUUUUUUUUUCUUUACAUCAGCCAACUUCGAAACGUUUUCUUAGCUCAUAAGUCAUUCUUUUCUUUUGUCUCUUUGUAUUUAUGGACCUUGUAUAAUCCUUUUCACUCUUGUUUUUGUGUUCCUUGUCUUUCUUGUUUCUUGCGCGCUUUGGCUCCUUGACACCAUGAAGAGAACGAAAUGCAGAUGACAGUUUCCUGAGGACAUUUGGGCAAAACGUAUGCUGCCGUGUUGGAGACCCAUGAUUUUGUACUGUACCUUGUGCAUAAUAAAUAUUAUAAGUAAAAUUUUACAAUAGACAGUGCUCACUUCUGGGGUUUUUUAUUAACUCUUUGUCUUUUAUAAGCAGGCUUAGAAUCUGAGAACUUUGAACGAACAAUAAACAACACUUUUACAUCA